UUUUUUUUUAGGUUUUGCUCUGUCAGUAUAACUCCAGUUAUUCCAGUGUUUAUAUUCAGAUGGAUGUUCACCCUGGCUCAUUUUCAGCUGCACCAGCUUCAUGGGCGCUGUAUGGUAUGUUCGUUCCAAUCACUGGAGGUUUGCAUGUGGCUCUCCCGUGGCGAGGCUUAUUUUACUUAUCUCGGAGCCUUCAGGCUUCACUGCCAGCUUUGCUAAUUGGCCUGUUUUGCCUCUGGAAAGCCCAGUGUGAGAGAGGAUCUCCACUGGACCCAUCUGGUGGUCGAGCGUGUAGAAUGCGUCAGAGAAGAGGGGCGGUGCGCCGCCGCCGAGGUGAUCCCCGAGUUUAAAAGCGCAGAAGUCCUCUGUGCGCCGGAGCAGUGCGUCACAGCGACACAGCAGCGCCAGGAUCCCCCGACGCAGAGUCAGAUCUCAACACAGCGACGACAAUAGCUUUUCUAAGAGAACACGUCUGAAUCAGCCAUGGUCUUAUUCCACAUGUUUUAAUAUUUUGACGCAUCUCUUUUAGAGUUUUCCUUUUUGGAUGCGACUUUUUCUCUUUUUGAAGUAGCCUUUUUUUUUUACUUUGUUAUUUCUAAUUAUCGUUGUUUGCGGCGAUACAGCGAGAGAGGAUCCUGAGCAACAGCUGUGGAAUAUAUAAACUCCGCUUUAUGGAUACAGAAUCGCUCCCAUCUGCACUCAGAGUUUGAUCUUAGACGUGUCUCUCUGCGCAAAGAAGAAAAUGAAAUCUGCUGAAGAGGAUGCAUAUGGCUACACGCCAAACGUCAGUCUCUCCCUCCCACUGGGCAACCCUUGUCUUCCCUCUCAGUACCACAGCCUCCACUCCAGCCCCACUAUAUCUGUCUCUGUCACUGAGCCUCUCAUUUAUGACACCCAGGAUGACAUGAGAGUGGCCGGCUACUAUUCAACCUCAAGUGUCCGUCCAAAUGGAGCCCCGACCCUGGAGAGCCCUCGCAUCGAGAUCACAGCCUACAGCCAGUUUCCUGAGGAUGAGGUGGAAGAGAACAACCUUCCUGUUGCCAAGCGAGUCAACUCCAUAGUGACGCUGACCCUCCCCAGUGCAGAUAGUUACCGCGACCCCAGCUGCCUCAGCCCGGCCAGCAGCAUCUCAUCUCGCAGCUGCCACUCCGACGCCUCCUCCUAUGAAUCAAGCUUCUCCUACAACUACGACAACUCGCCCCAGAACUCCCCCUGGCAGUCGCCCUCUGUGUCCCCCAAAAGCUCCACCCUCGCCCUGCCAGGUGAUGGCUGCACCUCUGGCGGCUCCCCUCGUCACUCCCCCUCCACUUCUCCUCGCACAAGCGUGACAGAUGACACCUGGAUGGGUCAGCGUAGCUCCAGUCCCAACUCCCCUUGUGGCGCAAAGAGGAAGUACAGCUUUAACGGCAGCGGGGCAUCACACAAGCACUACCCAUACUCGCCCAACCACUCCCCUGGACUGUCCCCGCAGACCUCCCCUCGCCUCAGUAUCACAGAGGAGAGCUGGCUGCCAAACACCAACCAGUACACCAACUCAGCCAUACUGGCAGCCAUCAAUGCCCUGACCACAGAUGGAGUGGCUGACCUCGGGGAGGGAAUCCCCAUUAAAGCCCGGAAAACCGGCCUGGAGCACAGCCCCACAGUCAGCCUGAAGGUGGAGCCUGGAGGUGAGGAGCUGAGUCCAGGGGAGCUCUGUCAGGAUGACUCCAACCGCCUGCCAUUAAAGAAGGAGGCCUACUGUGGUGGGUUUCUGGAUGUGCCACAGCACCCAUACUCCUGGUCCAAGCCAAAGCAAUAUGUCAGCCCAUCCCUGCCAGCUCUCGACUGGCAGCUGCCGUCCAGCUCGGGACCGUACAGGCUGCAGAUCGACGUGCAGCCCAAGUCCCACCACCGAGCCCACUAUGAGACGGAGGGCAGUCGGGGAGCAGUGAAGGCCCUGGCAGGAGGACACCCCGUCGUUCAGCUCCACGGCUACAUGGAGAGCGAGCCUUUGACCCUGCAGCUGUUCAUUGGCACAGCCGACGACAGGCUGCUGAGGCCCCACGCUUUCUACCAGGUCCACCGCAUCACUGGGAAGACGGUGUCCACCCCGAGCCAUGAGGCCCUGCACAACAACACCAAGACCCUGGAGAUCCCACUGCUGCCAGAGAACAACAUGCGGGCCAUAAUCGACUGCGCGGGGAUCUUGAAGCUGCGUAAUUCGGACAUUGAGCUGAGAAAGGGGGAGACUGACAUCGGACGCAAGAACACACGUGUGCGGAUGGUUUUCAGAGUUCACAUCAACCAGGCCACGGGGAGAACGGUGUCAUUGCAGGCUUCAUCCAACCCCAUUGAGUGCUCCCAGAGAUCGGCCCAGGAGCUGCCGCUGGUGGAUAAGCGGAGCUUGGAGACAUGUCCUGCCCCAGGGGGGGAGAAGAUGCUCAUCGACGGACACAACUUCCAGCACGACUCCAAGGUGGUGUUCGUGGAAAAGGCUCAAGAUGGUCACCACCUCUGGGAGACUGAGGCCAAGGUUGAUAGAGACACCUCCAAGCCUAAUUCACUACUUGUUGAAAUCCCUCCCUAUCGGAACCAAAGACUCUCCACGCCGGUCCAUGUGAACUUCUACGUCUGCAAUGGCAAGAGGAAAAGAAGCCAGUACCAGCGCUUCACCUAUGUCCCUGCCAGUGUCCCGACAAUAAAGACUGAGCCACACGACGACUAUGACGCCCCUCUGGUGUGCAGCCAGCAUGGCCCCGGCCUGUCCUUGCACCCAAAGCCAUACUUCCCCCCUCAUGUCAUGACCCCGAUUAUGCCCUCUGACCUCAGGCCGUGCGUGGUGGGUGGGGCUUACUCUGUCAGCCAGCAGAGAUUGGCAGCCGAGCCCUCCUCGCUGCCCACCUCGUCCUCUCCGAGCACCAGCCCCAAACUGCACGACCUGUCGCCGCCGCCCUUCUCCAAGUGCCUGUCUGCCGGCCCAGCAGUCCAACACCCGGGACAACAGUCCCCAAUCCCACACGUCUCCAUCAUCCAGGAGACUCCGGGGCGCUACCAGCUGCCCAGCCUGUACCCGCCCAGCAGCUCCUCCUCCUCUUCCUCGACCUCGCAGCCCUCCACCCCGACCGACGGCCCUUUCUCCCCGGCCCUCUGCAUGACGCCAGCCCAGCCGGGCAGCGGCAGCACCAGUCCAGGAGCUCAGCAGCACCCAAAGGUGCCAGAGAGGGGGCGGGGCUCUCUUCAGGACAACGGCAGCCCUCCGUCGCUGGCUGUCAGCAUCAAACAAGAACCACAGGAGCUGGACCAGAUGUACCUUGAUGAUGAUGCGCAGAAGGUCAAAGCCAGAUCAAAUAGAGGAGAGGAGGUCAGUCAGUUCAGUCUGGGCCGGGAAGAGCACACAUGGCAGCGGAACGACACGCUGUAGGAGGGUGGAGAUGAGUCAACGAGAUCAUCAGGAACGACCUGUCGAGCAUCUCCGUCCACAGCCAUGCGUAGUUUCCCGUUACCAACUAAACUGACACAGGAAACAAAAAAUAAAGGGAAACACCAAACAGAAUUUGACAUUGUGCUUUUCAUGCUUGGACUACAGCGUGCAGGAAGCAGCAAAAGGAAAUGUAAUGAGAACAAAUGUAAAUGUAUUGUCCAGAUGACCAGGGUCCAACGUGUGCCUUGUUUUCAUAUAUUAUGCCUUUACACAGAAAUGUUUAGAGGAAUAAAUCACAGGACUGACUUUUUUUGAAGACGUGUAAAUUGAGUAUGUAGCAACCAAACCUGCCACCGCCGCAACAAAGUGUGCUUCAGAGGACCAAAAGAUGCUUUUUAUGUCUUUUUUGCUGCGGUUUGUAAAUUAUUCAGUGCCUAUGAGUUAUGACAUUUGUAUAUACAGCAUAUGUAGUGCUUCAGUUUGCAUAUCUGGCUUUACAGAGAGACAAUUUAAAAGAGAAGUGCCUUUUUGACUGGAAACAGAAACGUGGCCCGAGUUUGGCUUCACAUGUUCAUCUUCAAAAGAUUAAAGAUGUUAUAAAGUGAGAUAAUGUAACUGUAUGGGAUAAUGUUAAAUGCUAAAAGACAGUGUCACGUUAGCACAAAUAGAGACUUGUCAUUAGCCACCCAUUAGCCAGACCCAGUGAGGCUUUAGUAACAAAACCCCUGAGUGUAGUGAAUUGAUGAAUGGUGUGUUUUAUUUCAUUAUUAUAUUCAUCAUUAGCAUUUGUUUGGACAAAUUAAGUUAAAUUUUUUGAAUACAUUUUCUGUAUUCACAACCAACAUUAAGCACUUAACCACUGAACCUGUGGUAUUACUUGUAGUUUAUGUCAUUGAGGCAACAUCUUACUGUCACUUAAUGUCAUAUCAACAAUAGCAAAACUUUUUAGAUGGGAAGUUACCCAAACCUCAUAUAGAGUUAACGUCUUUACGCAGUACAGAAAACCGUGUGUAGUCACAGAAUAAUGAGUCUUUUUAUGUCAUUUGUGCAUACUGACUUGAAAAGAAGAUGAACUGUGGAGUAAACUGUUGGCUGCAGUUGACUUUUAGCAAAAAAGAAAUCAUCUCAGUUUUGACAAAGCUUGAAGCUAUGCAAUAUGCCGGUCGUCUCUCAAAGAAUGCAAUUGAGAAGUUCUCUAAUCCAAAGAAUACUUAACAACCGUGAACAGCAAUACACAUAUAUACAUUCUUUUGUUUGUUUUUGUAUUUUCAUAUUUAUUCUCUUAGCAUGUGCUCUGUUUAUUCAUGUUCAUCAUACAGCCUCUUACAUGGUUACCUACAGUACAUACUGUGGUUUAUCUAGUCAUAUGUUUGCGCUCUUAUAGUCAAACUGAAUGGGCCUACACACUUUGUUCCCAGUUUUUAUUAUAUGUAUUUAUGAGUCUUAAUCCUUGUAACUGAAGCCAUACUGGAAUGUUUACUGACUAGGUUAUUGUUAGUCUACAACUCAUAAUUCUGCUUUGUGACCUAUUUUGUGUAUUUGUCAAUAAAUAAGCCUUCAUCUCUUUCAUCUGAA